GUCUCAUGAAUGGAUCCUCAUAACAGUGGAAUGGUACAUCAUAAUAGAAAAAGACACGACCAUUCAGUUUUCGAAAGAAAGGUCAAAGGACAAGGUUAACUUCACUGAAAUUCGAUUUUUUUUCACCUCCAGCAUAAAAGAAAAUAAUAGAAUCACCCCUCGUAUUCAGGAAGCACUCAAGAAAAUAUUAUACCUGAAUACGUCGGGCGACGUAUGCUGCAGCCUGCGUAUUUUUAGUACUGUAUUCAGGCACAGGGCGAAGACAAAGAAGACACCAUCUUUACCACGAUUGAACAUGCACAAAUACGACUCUCUGCCUAAUGUCGACGGUGAUGAAGAACGACAAGGAAAACACCAGACGAGUGGUCACACCACACGUCCAUACUCAAGACCGCUGAAUUACUAUGAUGAUGAUGACGAUGACACGAAUUGUUUGAUCCACAACAGAUGUAAUCGUUUUAGUACUCCAGUGGCAUUUCUAACUCUCAUAAUGCCUUUAUACACCGUACUUAUAGGAGCUUCGACUUACCUAGGUGGAUGUAUAAGUACUAUUGAAAAGCAAUUCCAGCUUUCGAGUUCUCAAUCUGGUUUUAUUGCGACCAUAAACGAUAUAGUAACUCUUUCCCUCAUUAUCUUUGCAACCUAUUACGGCUCGAAAUAUCACCGUCCCAGGAUAAUUUGUGUUAGUGGUAUAAUAAUUGGGAUCGGCCACUUUCUUUUUUCUAUACCACAUUUUACUUCAGAGCCUACUAUACUCAAUAACCACUUAGUACUGCAAAAUGACAGCGACGGUACUAGUUACAUCGAUAUCGACAAUGACUUGUGUUCAUUUGGUGACGUGCUCCAGGAUAGGUGUGUAUCUGGGAAUUCGAAAGAAGGGCAACCGUUAGGAGUAGCGUGGUUAGUAAUGGGCCAAAUCCUGAUUGGUAUCGGGUCGGCACCAUUGUUUCCGUUGAUCAUUACAUACUUGGAUGACUCAACAGUGGAUUCGACUACCACGUCGAUUUACAUUGGUAAGUCACAUUGUAAUCAAAGGUUUAUCAAAUCUUUUCGGGAAAAUGCAGUCCUAUUAGAAACAUACAUCAAUUAA